AAGUUUAACACCUUUUCGAUGCGCCGGCACGCUCACAAGCACUACUCUCAGGCCGGUCAGUCUAGGAAGCGGAAGCUGGAAUCCCUCCCGGCGCCGCCGGAACUCAAAAUUUACGAUUUCAUUAAGAAUCUGAACACUACACGGUUACCCCAGCCGAGUAAACGCUGGGUACCGCCGGUCCAAUCCUUGCGUCAGCAUCAGGAGCGAAGUAUUGCCCUGGCGCAAGACGCCGAGGCGGUUCUAGCGGGCCGGUGCCCGCCUCCUUCAUGUGUUACUGGUAGUCUACACCUCGCCUCUCCUGAAUUACGGCUUGCCAUGCCGGCACAGGUCGACGUGGAGAAGUUUGUUAGACCGUUGAACCGUCGACCGGAAAGUAUAGAUAUGACCCCUCAGCUAGUCGAGGAAUAUAUCCUCGAGACAGCUGAACGAGGACAGCCUCGUGUCUACCACACCCGCCUCACCAUCCUCCAGAGGCUUGCCAACGACGAGUAUAUCGGGGAACUCUACGUGGAGCGGGAUUAUAAAGAGGAGGAGAAGAAGGGUUCCACGUGUAGAUUUCAGCUUGGAACCAGAACCAAUGCACUCAAGUAUAUAAACCAGUUUACGGAAAUAUUUACGGAAGAGGGCAGGAAAUCCGUAGAAAUUACUCAUAAGGUUCCAGGUCAAGCUCCCCGUGUAACCUACACCCCUGGCUUAAAAGCCAGUAUGGCGGCUGCGCAAGCUCAACAAAAUGCCGCGGCACAGUCUCUAAAACUUGCUGCGCCGGGUCAGCAGCAGGUGUCCCAGCCCGCUGGUUCUACCCAGGUUGUUGUACAGGCUGGGCAGCAGGCCUCGAUUCUACAAAGGAAGAUAACACCACAGUCAGCUACACAUCUAUCCAUUACGUCACAGGGAGGAAUAAAUGUGAUAAAAUCUGGAGCCGGGGGCACUAUUACAGUGAGUAGUGGAUCCUUGAACGAAGCCAGUGUUUCCAACUCUACUCCUGUUUUAUCAGUCACACCUAACAAGAAUCAAAUCAACUCUAUCCUAGCAUCUAAGAUAUCCCGGCAGAUAGUCCAGACCCCCCACGGUCCUCAGCUCAUACAAACAAUAAACCAGGGUAUACCUAAACUAUCCACUUCUCAACCUGUACAAAUACAACAGCUGGCUCAGGUAUCAACCGCCAAGCUUUCGUCUGCUUCCGGUCAGGCUUCCGCCAAUGGAGAUAAUCAGCAGGAGGCGAUAUCCGCCAUAGUUCAAUCCUUGAUGUCUGCCGAGGCGCAGUUUGAGCAGCAGAGGAUUGAUGAUAAACGGAAAGUGCCAGGGCAGGCUAGUGGAGCUGCCCAGCUUCUACCUACAGUACCUGUACCCGCCUCUAGCCUUGUAGGUCAGAGACUACCCACCGGUCGGGUCACCUUACAGAACCUUCGCAGUAUACCUUUACAGCAGCAGAUGGUGAAGGUGACCCUAUCACAGCUUGCUGCUCAGCUUGCUAGACCAGUACAAACAUCAUCCUCCCUUCCUAGUUACAGUCAAGCUAUUGCCAGUCAAACCAACCCUGCCCUUCAAAGCUCGCCUAGAAAACUAGGAUCUGGGGACGGAGCACCCUCACUUCAAGCUCUUCUCUCAGAGGAUAAAUCAUCCUCUGUUUCUAUUGCCUCGGCCUCUAAUACAACCCUUCUUGAAAGACUGAUGGCGGGAGGAUCCAACCCGGUUAGUUUAAGUUCUCCAAACCUUAAUCCUUUAGCAAGUCAGAUACCUAAUGUUGUUGCUCAACAACCUGGGGUAAACGGCUCAAACUCAGAUUCAAACGACAUCACCCUGGCUGGCCUUCUCUCCAACCCACCUAGAUCCGCAGGAACGAAUAAUUCUCCGACGAAAAUGUCUCCACUGCUGCAGCAACUCCAACAGCCAGUUGUUCAGUCUGUUCACUCUCGUCUGUAUCAGACAGGAUUGACGUCUCCUAAACAGCCUCCGGCCUCACCUAGAACCAACGUAACCUCGCCUAGAUCAAUACAACCUGCUCAAUCCCCUAGAUCUGUUCUUCCCGGUAGUCCCAGACAGUCCAACCCUGUAGUUCAUCAGCAGCUGAUGCAGCCUCCAGCACCAAGAUAUCCUACUCCUACAACUCAUUCUAUCCUCUCCGCACAACUCUCCCAACCUCCCAGGAGUAGUAAUGUAUCCCUCCUGCAGAAUAGCCAAGGUUUGAUGGCGGUCACGUCCCAAGGCCUUGUCCCUGUCUCCAACCAGCAAAACCUUGUGCAGGUGUCCCAGGGUCAGAUCUUGCAUGUGUCCCAGCCUGGGAUGGGUUCCCAGAUUCUCCAUGUGUCCCAAUCUGGUGUUCUGCAGAAUCAGUCCCAGAUGCUGCAGGUCCAGCAGGCGUCACAAUCUCCAAUCCUGCAGCUCCAACAGCAGCAGCAAAACCAGCCAACAAUGGUCUCGGUUUCACUCCAGGACCUUGUAAACUCAGGGAACAAUGCUGUCAACGGAACUAUGUCCCAGGGGGGAAUUGUCACCCUAGGACAGGUUGGUCAGGUCCAACUUCAAUCCAUUCCAGUUCAGCUUUCCAUACCAGGUCAUAAUCAACCCAUCACAUUCUCCGUUAGUCUUCCUGAAGGUCAUCAGCAAGGUUUGGGUCAGGUGACAAAUGGAAGUGUAAACCAGCAAAUGAUAGUAAACAACACUGCCAAGCCAGGAAGUGUCACUGUUAGCUCGGUGGGCAAACUGGUGAAUGGUCCCGCAGGAUCCGGGACCGUCAUGCUUCAAGGACCUUCGGGCAAUAUUAUUCAUCUUCCGGCACAGGCGGCCCAACCCGGCUCCCAGUUUACGAGCAUUAAACCUGCGCCUAUGGUCCAAAGCAAUAUGAGCAUGGUCCGAGGUGGUCACCAGGUGAUGGUCCGCCCUGGGCAAUCAAACUCCCUCCUGGUUCAAAUGCCCGGAGGUGUAAGCCAGCAGCCUAUACAGAUAGUUAGUCGCGUGCCGGUCAAUCAACAAAUGAACUGUGGUACUCUAGUUCAAGCAGUACCUAGUCAAGUGAAGGGGUUGGGGGCCAGUCCCUCGCCCCAGGGACCUCCGACCCCUCAUACUCCCGGUAUACCUUCCUCUCCCCUCUCUGUCACCUCUCCCCAGGGGAUGAUGGGUCCGGAGUCUCCUAUGGUGGUUCAACUCCAGAACCAUGGAGAACAUCACUUUGUACUCUCCAGUCCGAAACAAGGGGGGCUGGUUGGCCAGCCACUAGCCGCCGGUCAGAUCAUCAAUAAUCAGACGCUCAAUAGUCAAACACACCUCAAAAUGAGGCAACAGAGAAAACAGAGUUUAAAAUGAUAUUUGUAAAUAAUCAACACCGUUCUCUCAGUUUACAUUCAGUUCUAUAAAUCAUGCGGUUUCCAUCCCCCCGCACCUUGCUAUAGGUGUCCGCACCAUUUGGGAGAGAGACUUAUCCCAACCAGACUUUCUGUGACGUAGUUAAUCAUUUUUAUAAUACUUCCUCGGAAGUGAGUAUAUGUUCCUAGGUUAGUUUGUUGUUAAAAGGUUGGCUUGACAAAAAAAUAUUAAAUUUAGAGAAGUUAA